UGCACGAAGUAUAAAUAUCGAUAUCCAAGGUCGCAUUACGUGUCCCCAGCAUGGACAAGCUCGAUGGCUACACGCGAAAGGCUCGCACCGGGAAAAGGCCAGCUCAGCCCACUCAGAACACGGAGAACGCGCACAGCACAGAAUCGUGUGGGUUGAGCAAGCCAAAGACCUUGGUCGGCAGAUCAGCGCAAACUUGUUUCUUAUUCUUUCUAUGCCUGUUCUUAUUUUGGGCACAAGAUCGUGCUGGGGGCCAGGUCCGCUGUCACAUGCAAUCAAGUACACACAUAUCCACACCGUCUCUCGCGGCUCUCUGUUGUCGCGCUCUCUCUGUGCUCUCCGCGUGGGCGUGUCCAACUCAGCCGUGCUUCCGCUGGAUCGUCGGUAACUUCAGUUUGUAUGCAAGGGAUUUGUCCUGCUGCUGGGAUUCCAUUUUCGCAGGUCGGGACAGGCGACAUCGCAGGAACAAAUACAGGAGUAGACGCAGCGGCGGCAGCAGCAGCAGCAGCAGCAGCAGCAAAAAAAAACAACGCAACAGCCCUCUCCGCAAGGUGUGGCGAGAACAAGCAACGGGAGAUGAACAACUACAGCACGACGUUGUGCAAACCCUGGGUAGCCAAGACGACUCCGCAGUGAUCUGUGAGGCCGGCCUGUUCAACCCAUGCUAAGCGACCGGCAGUCAAGCGUGCGGAGCGGCGAGGCUUGAUGCAUUGAUCCCAUCGAAUCCCCGGUGAGACCUUGGUGAGGUAGCAAAGGACAUGCCUCGCCGCAUAUCACCAACUAGCACGCCAAAGGAAGAAACGCACGGCGCUGUGUUGUCCUGGAGCGGAUCGCAAGUAAGAAAGGGCCAAGAGCUCACUGCGGCUUUGAAUGCCUUAUGUGUGGAUCUAGGUCAUAGCUUUGCCCGUAUCCGUGCCUGUCCUGAGAGACAGCGCACAGGACUGUCUCGCCGCUAGCGCUGACGCUCACCGACGCUAUUAUUCGCUGCGCUGCUCGUCGCCAUGUUCACAAGCCUCCCUGGCCGAUCUUGCUGGGAAAAGCUCCCACCAGUCUGGGCUGACCGGCCUGCCUUUUUUAAACGAGACCAGUAGUCGAGAUAUAAUAUAUAAUCGUGAGCUUCCCGCAAUGGCUGUGGGGGCUUUCUGGUUUCCAUCUAACAGCGUUCGUUGGUGCCGACACCAAACAUGGCGCUCUCUUCGCUUCCCACGCGCGCCGUCCUGUACUUUCUCAUGGCAAUCAUGAUGGUCGAUGCGCUUAUCGAGAUGAGCUUCAUUGCCGCUACGGUCGCAUACCUGCAUAGAGAUCACCCGAUGAACGUGCGCGGCGACAACGGCCAGGCCGUCAUUCUCAAGGGCAAACCCGCCGGUAUGAUGGUAGAUCAAGGCCACACCAGCAACGGCGCAGCGGGCACGGCAUUGAUUUUGGUGGGCAUCGUCGGUUUUUUGCUUCUCACGCUCCGAGGUGUGCUGCAAAGAGUGUUCCCGAGGCUUUAUAUGGCCUUGCUGACCACCUGGGUCGUCCUCUGCGUCCUCUCCUUCCUGCUCACCACUGGCGCACUGGGCUAUACCUUCAACGUCACCAACAGCACAUCUGGCCAAGUUAUCGACCUGUCUGGUCUGUCCUCGCCGAUCCGCUACCCGAAAGACAAGUGGGUCCCGCAGACCUGGUACGGCGCGAUCUUGGACGACCUUCACUUUAUUCCUACAGACAGCGACAGCGUCGUUGUUGACGGCGCCAGCAUCCCCUGGGCGACCCGCGGUGACAUCGCGCGCAUGAAGCGCAUCACGAACGGCUGGAAGUGGAAUCUAGUUCCGCUGUUCGUGCUGCAACUAUUUGUCACGCCGCUCAUCGUGCACGAGUACCUCACGAUUCGACGGGAAGGCAGAGUCCCCAUCCCACAGCAGGAGAGGAAAGGCGAUGUCUGAAAGUGACGUACCAUCGUUUGUGAUCGAAUGGUGGAGAAGCGAUUACACGACCAGAAUUUAAAGAGCGUCCGACAACCACGGUCCUGCCAGAUCUAACACCAUAGCAUGUGGCACUCAUUAGAUGAUAAUGUCUAUUUUCACGCAUUGAUACCCGCAAUAGAACCAACGUUCGUUAAAGCAUUCUUGGUUCUUAUGAUGUCAGCAAUGCGAUGCAAGUCUUGUGUGUGAUCGACCGUUGACUCAGAUUACGUGGAGGCGUUGGGAGUACGGGCGAGAUCACGAUUGACAUAGAUGGAAAUCUAAAGAUAGUAUAUGGGAUAGCGAGGGCGAGCGUAGAUUUGGUGAUCGCGCAUAAUCUAAGCCGUGUUGCUACGGAGAAAGCUUGUCAGCUGAUUGUAAUGGGUCUGGGCAGUUUCCAUAGCGAGCAGGGGCAAUUGAUUUUAAAUAUAAUGCAGAAACGCUCAUUUCCAAAAAGAAAAGAAA